AUGGGUUUGGUUAAGCAAGUAAGACUGGGCGACUCGGGUCUAAAGAUAUCGCCCAUUUUGAUUGGAUGUAUGUCGUACGGUUCUAAGAAAUGGGCGGAUUGGGUCAUUGAAGAUAAAGCCCAGAUUUUCAAGAUCUUGAAGCACUGUUACGAUAAUGGUCUGCGCACUUUUGACACGGCGGAUUUUUAUUCCAAUGGUUUGAGCGAAAGGAUUAUAAAGGAGUUUCUGGAACAUUAUAGCAUCAAAAGAGAAACGGUGGUCAUUAUGACCAAGAUUUAUCUCCCCAUUGAUGAAACACUGGAUUUGCAUCACAGAUUUACAAUCGGUGAGUUUGAAGAGUUGGAGCUCUCCAAUCAGAGAGGACUGUCUAGAAAACACAUAAUCGCUGGUGUGAAGAACUCUGUGGAAAGACUGGGCACAUACAUAGAUCUUUUGCAAAUCCAUAGAUUAGACCAUGAAACACCAAUGAAGGAAAUCAUGAGGGCGCUAAAUGACGUUGUCGAAGCAGGCGAUGUCAGGUACAUCGGAGCCUCGAGCAUGCUCGCAACCGAAUUUGCAGAACUGCAAUUUAUUGCAGACAAAUAUGGCUGGUUUCAGUUCAUCUCUUCGCAAUCUUACUACAAUCUGCUCAACCGUGAGGACGAGCGCGAGUUGAUCCCGUUUGCUAAGAGACACAACAUCGGUUUAAUCCCAUGGUCGCCUAACGCAAGGGGUAUCCUAACAAGACCCUUGGACAAACACACAGACAGACACAUGAGUGACCCUACCAUCAAAGCGUUGAAAUUGGACGCUCUCGAAGACGACCAGAAGGAAAUCAUCAACCGUGUGGAGAAGAUCUCUAAGAACAAGAAUGUCUCCAUGGCCAUGAUCUCCAUAGCCUGGGUGCUGCACAAGGGCUGCUACCCCAUUGUCGGCUUGAACUCCACAUCAAGGGUGGAUGAAGCGAUUGCCGCGCUACAGGUCACACUAACAGAGGAAGAGGUCAAAUACCUUGAAGAGCCCUACAGACCUAAGAGGCAAGUAAGCUAG